AUGAAUUGUACUUCUCUAAAUUGGUCGUCGAAGUCCGUCUAUAAUCUUAGUCCUAUUAUUGUUGUUUGUUCAAUAGCUGUUGCUAUUCAUACUAUCUUUUGGAUUCAAGUUAUAUCAUUUUCAUCAUUAAGACAAAGAAAUAUGAUGUGGCUAUAUGCAUAUUUAAUAACGGAUUUUAUUCUUCUAACUCGAUUUUUUAUUUUCUAUUGUAUGCGUCGGUGGGAUGUAUGCUUGUAUCCGACACUUCAAGUAAUCUUAUGUUAUUUUGAAGCAACAUUAAAAUUUUAUAUUAAUAUAGUACAAAGUUAUAUUUUGCUUGCACUAAAUAUAUGUCGUGGCGCGCAAAUUAUAUAUAAUCGAAAUGUUUUUAUAAAAAAUCCUCGUUUAAUUAUUUUAACUCAUUUUUUGAUUUAUAUAUUACCAGCACUUAAUAUCACGAUACAAAUUUUUGGUAACUGGACUAUAUUAUUGCAUACAGCAGGCGAGUCUUGUGAUAUAAUAUACAGUUCUUUAACUGUAGAAAUAUUUAAUCUAUUUAUUAUCUAUCUUAUUCCAGUUGCUUUGAAUCUUACUGUCAUAGCAUUUUGUAUUCGUCAUGUAAGUUCAAUAAAAGGUAUUCAUAGUCAACAAAUAAUUAAUCUUCGUCAUAAACAUAAAAAAAGUCUUUUAAUUCGUACAAUAAUAUUUUAUUCAAUUUGGCUUGCAUUAUGGAGUCCAAAUGUACUUGCUUUUCAAUUUAUUAAUGUUAAUACUGAACCUGGCAUUUAUAUUUCUCUGCUCAAUUAUAUAGAAAUAAAAACUGAUCCGAUUUUUAUCACUGUACUUGAUGUUCGACUUUUUCAAUCAUGGAAAAUAAUAUGGCGUAAAAUAGAAAGAUGUCGACGAAGAGCUGUUGUUCCAGCAUUGCCAGCAGCUUCUGAACAAACCUAUUGA